AUGAGUAGUAUAGUAUCAUCCUCGACAAGUAUGAGAAGUACCCCUACACAGUUCGCAUAUGAUGCGGACCCAACAGAUUGUACAAAUGAUAAUAGUAACAUUAAUAAUAAGGAAGUUAAAAGAGAAAAUAGUAAUCGUGAUCGACAGCAGAUAUCUACUGCUACAGUAGAAGCUAUAAAUGGAACCACCUCUGUAGUAACAACUAAGGUUUCAACUGAUGAUACAUUAAGUAGCUCACCAGGGUCAUUCACAUCUACUAACAAUAACAAUAAUACAACCGCUUCUAACUCGAUAUCAGGCUCGAGAGAUAAUGAUAAGAGGUCUGUAGUGAUACAAACCCCUAAGAAAGAGAAAGAGUAUCAAACAGUAUCACCGACACAAGUCAAAUGGGAAGAUCAAGAACCAAAACAAGAUGAAGAGAAGGAUGACGAAGAAACGGACAAUGAAACACAACAAUCAGACACUGUGGAACCAGAUUUUGAUUAUAAAUUUGAUUCCGAUAAAAUUGUAACAUUAUCUACAGACAAAUUAAUUCAAAUGUUAACUGCAUUAUUAGAAAAAAUUAUAAAUUCAAAUGACAGAUUAAAUCAUAAUGGUUCGCCGACAGAUUUAUUAUAUGACGCAAACAGUAAUAAUAUUAAUAAUAAUAGUAAUAAUAGUAAUGGUGGUACUAAUAUCAUCGAUUCCGGAAGAAAUCCGGAUACUGUAUCAUUAGUUAAUUCAAUAAUUAGUUUUAAAGGUAAACAUGUACCACAGAUUGGUCUUGAACAAUAUUUCCAUAGAAUUCAAAAAUAUUGUCCGACUACAAACGAUGUAUUUUUAUCAUUAUUAAUAUAUUUCGACAGGAUUUCUAAAAAAUGUAAUAGUAAACUACAAGAAGCAAUGAUGUUAAAGGAACACGAAAAAAAUAUCGAUGAACAAGAACAAGAUUUUGAGAAUGACAGUCUCGUGGAAACAGAAGAUAAAGAAUUACUAAGGAAUGACGAAAGAUGUACAGAGGGAGGUGAACCAACAAAAAAACAAGAACAGCAACAACAGACAUUUGUUAUGGAUUCAUAUAAUAUCCAUCGAUUGAUAAUUGCAGGUAUUACAGUCAGUACCAAAUUCUUCAGUGAUUUUUUUUAUAGUAAUUCAAGAUACGCUAGAGUAGGUGGUAUAUCGUUGAAAGAGAUGAAUCAUUUAGAAUUACAAUUCCUUGUAUUAUGUGAUUUUGAAAUGUUAAUAUCUGUAGAAGAAAUGGAAAGAUAUGCUAAUUUACUCUAUAGAUUCUGGGAUAGUGAUAAUCACAAUGUACCGGUUGAUGUUGAAUGA